GAUCUUACAUGCCUCCCAAAUUGGGUGUUGCAUCUGAUCGACGGGUCGAUCGCGUGCAGACGAAAGAAUUUCGGUCGUAACUGCUUCAAGUUCAUCUGCAGCUGCCUAUCUGUCAAAGCCUUUGCUCUUCGGGCUCUUAGUCUCGGUCGAAUCUUCUUUGUAUAUCUUAUCUGAGGUUCUAUAAUCCCACCACAUAAAAGGAGCUACCUAGUCUCCACAAUGGCGAUUCAAGAUGAGUUUGUUAUGACUAUUGACUCUGACGCAGAGGACGUGCCACCACCACCACCUCCAAGCAAGAAAGCCAAAGGAAAGCAGCCUCUUGUUGAUGAUGAGGCUCAGCUUAAUUCAGACUUUACCUUCGAUGUCACUGGGGAUCCUUACGAUGACAUACUUGACGGACCGGACAGUGUAAAAGAUCUUGUCAAGAAAGGUUCGAAACCAGAGCCUAUUUCUGUUGAUGAUAUCAUUGAAAGAAGAAAACUCCAACGAGCUACUGGGAAACGGAAACGCGCAGAGGAAGAAGACGAGUCAGACGAAUCAGAUGAAGACGAAGAUUCUCUAUUGGAUAGUGAGAAUGAAGCAGAAGAUUUCCACGUCCUUGAGGAUGACGCGAGUGAGGAUGAAGAUCCUCUCGCGUCUUCGGAUGAAGAAGAGGGUCGGAAUGAAGACGAAGAGCUUGGUGAAGAAGACUCUGAUGCCGCUUCGUCGUCAGAUGACGACUCAGAAGAAGAGGAUCAAGCAACAAAGGAUCGAAAAACCGCAUUCUUCGCCGAAGAAUCUGGUUCCACCGAGGAGCAUGCGUCGUUUUUGACCAUGAACCUAUCACGACCCAUCCUCAAGUCCAUCACAUCUCUUGGUUUCAAUAAACCUACACCAAUUCAGGCGGCUACCAUACCUGUAGCUCUUCUAGGGAAGGAUAUUGUUGGCAAUGCCGUGACAGGUUCAGGAAAGACCGCUGCUUUCAUCAUUCCAAUGUUGGAACGACUUUUAUACCGAGAACGUGGUACGAAAGCUGCCGCUACGAGGUGCCUUGUCCUUGUCCCUACGCGUGAACUAGGUGUGCAGUGUUUUGAAGUCGGAUCAAAGCUCGCAGCGCACACAGAUAUCCGGUUCGCUCUCGUUGUCGGCGGGCUGUCUUUGAAAUCUCAAGAAGUCACCCUUCGUACACGUCCAGACGUUGUUAUUGCCACUCCCGGUCGACUAAUUGACCACUUACGCAACUCUCCUUCGUUCACUUUGGAUACCCUUGAUAUCUUGGUGCUUGAUGAGGCCGAUCGUAUGCUCUCAGACGGGUUUGCGGAUGAGCUGACGGAGAUCAUUAAAUCAUGUCCAAUGUCUCGACAAACCAUGCUUUUCUCCGCUACGAUGACGGAUUCCGUAGAUGAGCUCGUCAAGAUGUCACUCAAUAAACCAGUUCGGCUCUUCGUCGAUCCCAAGCGCAGUACAGCUCGCGGCCUUCUGCAGGAGUUCGUUCGAGUGCGCGCCGGAAAGGAGUCAGAACGAUCCGCUCUUCUUGCCGCGCUUUGCAAGAGGACGUUCAAAUCAGGUGUCAUUAUCUUCUUCCGUAGUAAGAAGUUGGCACAUCAAAUGCGUAUUGUAUUCAGUCUACUCGGUAUGAAGUGUAGUGAGAUACAUGGUGAUCUCACACAGGAACAGCGUCUGAAUGCUUUACAACAAUUCCGAGACGGUGCUGUCGAUUUCCUUAUGGCAACCGAUUUGGCUUCCCGUGGUCUCGAUAUCAAGGGCGUUGAUACGGUCAUUAACUACGACAUGCCUGGACAACUGGCCCAAUACCUCCACCGAGUUGGCAGAACUGCCAGAGCAGGGAGACUAGGACGGUCCGUUACACUCGUGGGAGAAGCCGACCGGAAAAUGUUGAAAGCUGCCAUAAAACGUGCUUCCGCAGAGGAUAAAGUCCGACAUCGGCAGGUUCCUGCAGAAGCAGUGGCUAAGUGGGCGCAGAAGCUAGAGGACCUCAAGGACGAGAUUUCCGAGGUCUUGCGCGAGGAGAAGGAAGAGAAACAGUUUCGACAAGCUGAGAUGGAGCUUAAGAAGGGGCAAAACUUGAUUGAGCAUGAAGCGGAGAUAUAUUCGCGUCCUGCAAGAACGUGGUUCCAGACUGGAAAGGAGAAGGAGCAGGCUGGAGCUGUUAGUAAGCAAUUGUACGAGUCCGGCUUCAAGCCUGCACAAAACGCAAAGCAGGUCGCUGCAAAUGCGGAUAAGCCUAAACGUGAUAAGUUCUCUGGUCUUUCUAGGAGAGUGAAGAGGCGGAAGAUGGCUUUGGAGGAAGAUGACGCUGUCGAGACUGGCGCGAUCAAGGCUGCGGUGCGGUCUGCUAAGAAGUCAUCAAGACCAAAGAAAAUUGGUGAGCCGGAAAGUAAACCACAAUCGCGCAAGACAAAGGAUAAGAAGUCGAAGGCUAAGCGACCGAAGGGCGUGAAAGCUCGUUCGGGUGGAGCAUUUGACACGGAUUUAGGUCAGAGAUCCUCGCGAGAAGGUGUUAGGGCGAAGAAGGGGGAUAAAAUAGGCGGAAUGGGUAAGAAAGGAGGAGGCAAGAAGAAAGUCUAGUAGCCCGAUACCGUAGCGUUCGUGGAAUUGCGUUUUUCUGUUCAUCUUGAGCUGUUAUAUUGGAUUCUAUUAAGUUAAACGUUAAACCUUCGUUGUGCCGCUUGAAACGCGGUUGUCACAGAGCUUGGUCACAUCACAGACACGAUAUGCCAGG